AUGAAGAAGGUCGAGACCGUCGGCCAGGCGAUCGACGACAUCGGUGCCACCGUGUGGAAAUCCAUGGCCCAGAUCAUCUCCCACGAAGAGAUCUCUCCAAUGCUUUUCCCCCUUAUUAUGAUUCCGAUUCCUCCAAUAACGGCGGCGGGGAGCGGGACGCGUCUUUGUCGUCGAAACCCUACAAUAGCGAAAGAGAAAGGGAGAAAUGAAGGUCGCGGCUUCUCUAUGCCUCUCGGCUUGGAUGGAGAAGCGAUGCGGUCGAUUGGAGGUGGAAUCCUCUCCGACGAAAUCGUCGAUCUCCGGCCAAAUCCUCACCUUGAUGGCGUUCACGGCAACCGCUCGUCCUCUUUCAUCAUUGUUAUUGACUGGGGACGGGGUUCUGAUUUACCAGCUAUCAUCAAGAACCAAUCAACGAGUAAGCUGGACAGUGUCGAAGAGUGGUUCAAAGACUGUAUCUUGCACUCGGUCUGGUGGCUCGUCUGGAAGGAAAGAAAUCAAAGGGUUUUCGAUGAGAAAACGUCAUCAGCAAUCGCAGUUGCAAAAAAAGCGGCCAGAAGUGCAAUGGAAUGGAUUGUGGUCCAUGGGAAAAUCGAUAGCACACUGGUGAGAGGAUAUGUGACAGGAAGUACUGAUACAUCGUUGUGGACGAUAUAUAAUAAAGGCGUUCAAAAUUAUUGUGGCAAUGCUCUUCCAGACGGCUUGGUGAAAAACCAAAAGCUACAGAAAAACAUAAUCACUCCAACUACCAAGGUUGAGGAUGAUGAUGUCCCCAUAACUACACGAGAGAUAAUCAGACUUGGUCUGAUGACUGAAGCUGAGUAUGAUGAAGCCAAUAGGAAAGCAUUGAGCUUAUUUGAGUUUGGACGGAUACAGCGUGUGGCUUUUGACCAUGGCUUAAUAUUGGUGGACAAAAAGUAUGAAUUUGGAAAAGGCUCAGAUAGUUCCAUUCUAUUAGUUGAUGAGGAGUUCUUGAGGUUGUGGUUCAAGAAUCACUGCAACCCAUAUAAAGAUGAGGCAAGUCAACUCUGGAAAUCCCUGUUUGAUUAG